CAUGUUAAAACAUGUCCAUGGAUAGAUUUCAACUUCAUAAACAAAACCCAAUAUUCCUUUUUUUUUUUUUUUUUAAUUUUUAUUGUGUUUGUGGACAUGGUGUAAUACCAUAUUUUAUUGCAUACAAACUAGGCUUCUUCUGCAACAUUCUGAAUCUUUGAUCAUUUUUCGGUUCUAGAGUGUGUUGUUGUGGAGAGAGACUAUGUUAGACUGUUAUUGAUUCUCUGAUGCUUCAUUUCAGGAUUGUAGGUAUGAGUUUCUUUGAUGCAAUGGGAGUGUUUGACAACUCCACUCUCUUUCUGUGGUGUCAGAGCAAUCACCAUUGCUUGCAUUUGGCUAAACAGCAUAUGAGCAGUGUGAGAGAGACAGCUUCUUUCGUGUUGGGUUCAAUCAGUGUCGUUGUUUGGGUUGUUGCUGAGAUUCCUCAAAUAAUCACAAACUAUAGAACAAAGUCUACUGAGGGUCUCUCUGUUACUUUCUUGGUCACAUGGAUGAUUGGAGAUCUAUUCAACCUCUUUGGAUGCCUGCUGGAACCUGCAACUCUUCCUACUCAAUUAUAUAUGGCAGUGCUCUAUACCAUUAUAACUCUUGCACUUGGUUCACAAGCCAUAUACUAUGGAUACAUAUAUCCUCAACUAAAAUACAAGAAACAGCUCAAGGUUGAGACAUUCACAAAAGCUGGACAAGUGGAUAAAGCCAGUGAUGCUGAACAGACUAUUGAAUUUGACAAUUCAUAUAGAGGCACCAAUCCGAGUUCUCCCAUUCCUCUUCCAGCGCGUCCUCGAAGAAUUUCUACUGGAAGAGAACUAUUCUAUCAGUCAGCAAGAUAUUUGUCUAAGAGUCAAACUCCAACAGCGGGAUCCAUCUUAGCGCAGAGAAUGUCAUCUACUGCUACUUUAGAUUCUAUACAAGAGAAUUUACUUGGUUCAGCCAUUGCAACAAAAUCUGCACCAUCUUUAAAGAUCAAGAAUACUCUUUGUUUUGUUUCAACAUUAACUUUUCUGGGUGCUAUCAAUCUACUUCAACCGCUUGAUAAAAGAGUUAAUCCUAUGGUCUCAAACCCAAGACAACAAUUUGUGAUUUAUGUCGGACGAAAGCUUUUUCAGCAAUUACAGGUUAGUGAUGAUCUGUUGCCAAAAUCUGAUGUUUCUGGAAGCAGUGGCAUUGGGACAUUCUUUGGUUGGAUGAUGACAUUUAUAUAUUUGGGCGGAAGACUGCCUCAAAUUUGUUUAAAUAUCAGAAGAGGUCAUUUUGAGGGACUCAAUCCUUUGAUGUUCCUGUUUGCUUUAAUUGGGAAUGCCACUUAUGUAGCAAGUAUACUUGUGAUCAGCAUGGACUGGUCAAAAAUAGGACCAAAUUUUCCUUGGCUAGUAGAUGCUGGAGGGUGUGUCCUUCUUGAUUUUUUUAUUUUAAUGCAGUUUAUAUAUUUUCACUAUUGGACAUCCCAAGUCCUGUAGAGUAAUUAUAAACAUCAACUGUCCCAUAUUGAGGAUGAAACAAGGAUUUUCAGUUUUGCAAUCUCCAACGAGUUGACCUAGAAAUGUGAACAUGAUGAAGCUGAAUUGGUGAAUGGUGACAGCUGAUUAAGUGUUACAAUCACUAGCCUAAUGACCAGAAAAGAAAAAGGAAGUGAUUCUGUUUGUUUGAUUUGGGCCAGAUAUUUAUAGAACCCGUUCAUUUGCAGUUUAAGGCCAUUGAUUAAAACAUUUUGCAUACACACACUUCGAGAUACCUAUCAUUCUUCAAUCAGAACUUUGCGUUUUUUUAAUUUAAAUCAAUAGAUAACUAGUGGAAAUUAUGAUAAAUGUUUUGUUUAUGAAGUUUGCUCCUAUAUCUAAAAGCUCUUUUACUUGCAUAUGGCGAAUGUUGAGCUUAUUUUUAUAGUCACUAUUGUAUUCAUGGUCAAUCAGGCAUCUUCUGGAGUACUCACGAUUAUGUUCUGGUCGAGUCAUAACUCUCAAUCUCACAGUCAAUUACAGUUGUAGUCAAAGUGGCGAAAAAUUAUUAGAUAGUUUAAAAGUGCU